AUGAGAAUCUUCAGUUGGGUUUCAAUAUUAUCCCUCGCCGCCCUAGGGACUUCCCAGCCAGCCAUCGAGGAAAUCAACCACAAAGCCGAUGAUAUUCCUUACGGCGCUUUCCCAUCGCUAACAGACUCCUUCGUCCUCUACCCCAUACCGACACCUGGUAUACCACCAAAAGUUGUAUACACAGGCCGCGCUGUUGUUUACAAUCGUUGUAGCUUCCCGGUCUACGUAUGGUCAGUGGGUAGUAUCAUCAAUCCCGAAGUGACCGUAUUGCCAUUCAAGCGCUACGAAGAAACAUUCCACCGUGAUGUUGUAUCAGGCGGUAUCGCGAUCAAAGUCAGCACAAAGCACGAUGGACUUUUCACCAGUGCCCCGCUGACUAUUUUCGCCUACAAUCUUGCCGGGGAUGGCAAAGUGUGGUAUGACCUCUCUGAUGUGUUUGGUGAUCCAUUUGAGGGACAUAGAGUUUCAUUGGAUCCAUCUUCGCCAGGGAUAUCCUGGGUGGAUGGGAAGCCUACCCAUGGGAGCCAGGUUCGCGUACAUGAUGCUGCGAGCGAUUUGGUUUUGAAGUUAUGUUGA